UCCCGGGCCCCGAGUGCCGGGAGCGGGGCUCCGGAGGGGCCAUGGCCGGGCCCGGCUGGGCCCCGCCGCGCCUCGACGAGUUCAUCCUCACCGAGCCCCUCGGCUCCGGCACCUACGCCACCGUCUACAAGGCCUACAGGAAGAGGGACACACGUGAGGUGGUGGCCAUCAAGUGCGUCAACAAGAGGAGCCUGAACCGGGCAUCGGUGGAGAACCUGCUGACAGAGAUCGAGAUCCUCAAGACCAUCCGCCAUCCCAACAUUGUGGAGCUCAAGGACUUCCAGUGGGACAGUGACCACAUCUACCUGAUCAUGGAGUUCUGUGCCGGGGGGGACCUGUCCCGCUUCAUCCGGACACGCCGGAUGCUCCCCGAGAAGGUGGCACGCGUCUUCCUGCAGCAGCUUGCCUGUGCCCUGAAGUUCCUCCACGACCACAACAUCUCCCACCUGGACCUGAAGCCGCAGAACAUCCUCCUGAGCGCGCCAGAGAACCCCCAGCUGAAGCUGGCAGAUUUCGGCUUUGCUCAGUACAUGUCCCCGUGGGACGAGAAGCACGUGCUGCGCGGCUCCCCGCUCUACAUGGCCCCCGAGAUGGUGUGUCGGCAGCACUACGACGCCCGCGUGGACCUCUGGUCUGUGGGUGUCAUCCUUUAUGAAGCACUUUUUGGGAAGCCGCCCUUUGCUUCCCGCUCCUUCGCCGAGCUGGAGGAGAAGAUCCGCAGUGACCGGGCUGUGGAGCUUCCCAGCCGGCCCCAGCUCUCUCUGGAAUGCCGGGAUCUCUUGGCACAGCUGCUGGAGAGGGACCCUCGGAAGCGCAUCUCCUUCGAGUGCUUCUUUGCCCACCCCUUUGUGGACAUGGAGCACGUGCCCGGCCCCGAGAGCCUGGGCAAGGCGACUGACCUGGUGGUGGAGGCGGUGAGGAAGGAUCAGGAGGGAGACGCCGCUGCCGCCUUCUCCCUCUACCGCAAAGCCCUGGAGUAUUUCGUGCCAGCACUGCACUAUGAGAGUGACGUGCGGCGCAAAGAAGCCAUCCGGGCCAAGGUGAGGCAGUACAUCUCCCGAGCAGAGGAGCUGAAGGUGUUGGUCACCUCCAGCAACAAGAACCUCCUGGAGAAAGGAAACCCAGCCAGAGAGCUCCUUAAAGAGAUGGCCAAGGACAAACCUCGGCUCUGCGCGGCGCUGGAAGUGGCCUCGGCUGCCAUUGCCAAGGAGGAGGAGGGCAGGGAUGACAGUGACGCCCUGGAGCUGUACCAGCAGAGCCUGGGGGAGCUGCUGCUGCUCCUGGCCGCGGAGCCAGCGGGACGGCGGCGGGAGCUGCUCCACGCAGAGAUCCAGACCCUAAUGGCCCGAGCCGAGUACCUGAAGGAUCAGAUCAAGAUGCGGGAGGCACAAUCCAUGGGCAAAGAGGCGCUGGCAGAGUCCGUCCGGAGCGGUGAGUCCCCCUUUGCCACGGGGAUUGGGGAAUAUUCCCCAGCCCGAGGCUGAUCCCAACCCCACCCAGCACGGGCCCUGUGCCCCCUGAGCCCUCCUGGGGGGUGGCAGGGGCGGGGACAGCCCGGUGAGUGUCCCCGUGUGCCCCGGCACAGCCUGUACCUUGCAGUGACCCCCGGAGCUGCCCUGUGGGACACUGCUCGCUGCCCUGCCAGGAGACACCGGCACCAAGGGAAGGCUUUGGCUUCCGUCCCCCCCACCCCCAGGGGUGACACCUGGGGGGUCACCCUCGGGCUGCCAGCCCCGGGGGGGUCAGCAGGGCCAUCUGCCCCUCUCCCAGGCGCUGGCUCAUUUCCCUGCCAGCCCUGCCUCGGCCGUCUGCUGCUGCAGCCUCCCCUGGCACA